UCUAGACAGUCCUUUAUAAUGGAGCUUUUUGAAACCAGCCCUUAUUUCUUUCCAGACCAAAGGUUUUAUGACAACGAUAACUAUUUCUCUGCAAGGUUCCCCACAUAUGAGCAAACUGGGUUUCAAGAUCGUGGCACGGUGGGGAUAUGUGCUGAUGGAGUUUUACUGCAGGGCUCAGGGAUUGAAGAUAAGGUUUCUCCCCAUCCCACUGUAAACCAACAAGAACAUUGCCCUGGACAAUGCCUGCCAUGGGCCUGCAAGGUAUGCAAGAGGAAGACGGUUUCCAUGGACAGAAGGAGGGCUGCUACCUUGCGGGAAAAGCGCAGGUUAAAAAAAGUCAAUGAGGCAUUUGAAGCCCUGAAAAGAAGCACUCUACUGAACCCUAACCAAAGGCUUCCCAAGGUUGAAAUCUUAAGGAGUGCCAUCCAGUAUAUAGAACGUUUACAGACACUAUUGGCUUCCCUUAACCAGCAGGAGAGGGACCAGAGAGAUUUAUUGUUCAUCAGUAAUGGAUCCCAGCGGGUGGUAUCAAGUGAAUGUGGAUCAAGCUCUUCUUCUUGUAGUCCUGAAUGGAAUGACUCUGACUUUAGUGGCAGCCAAAGUGAUCAUCUCUUGAGUGAAGACUCUUCCGAGCAACGUGAUAUCAAUUCCUUGUCAUCGAUUGUCGACAGCAUCACAUCUGGGGAGGUGUCUAUAACUUAUACCGAGCAACAUAUUCAGAAUUAAGCACUCUGCACUAUUGGUGUGGUUUAUUUUUGGACCUAUAUGUAAGCAUACAAGGCUUCUGAAAUAUAAUAUCAAGGACUCAUAGUGCUAUUCCAUAUAAUGCCUUCUGCCCCCCCCAAACAGAUUUUAUUUCCUAUUGAUGUGAAUAGGUUAUACUUCCUGGCACUGAGAAUUCCCACCCAUCAUAGACAAAUAUGCAUUUAUUAACCCAGAAUGACUAAAUCGCCUUCAAAGGCCGUUAUUUAAUUAAAUUAUUAAAUCAAAUUGUUAAAACCUUAAUUAAAUUUAAAUAAAUAAUUUAAAGAAGAGCAAUACUAUAUUUAUUCACUUAAAUAAUCAAUAAUCUUAUUAAAAGUCCCAGUAUUGUUAAAAAUAUAGUCUGAAAAUUCUAAAAAAAAACUUCAGAAAAAUUCCAUGUUUUGGUAUGAAAUUUUUAAUAUAUUUUCAUAGUGAUUUUUAUUUGUGUGUGUUUCUUUGCAAUUUUUUUUUUACUCUGGGGCCAAUAUUUUUUAUUUUACUGCAAUGCUGUUUGACCAACUUAUGGCCUUUUUUUAAAUGUGUGGAUUUGCUACUCUUGUUUUUUAUUUUUUCUAACUUAUUUUGAUAUUUUUAAAUAAAAGAUAUGUUGUUUGAU